AUGCCCAAUCUCAAGCACCUUGAUCUCUCCAACAACAAGCUCUCAGGCAGGAUACCUGAUGCAGUAGGGCUCGCAACAUGCCUCCACACCAUGGAUCUAAGCAGCAAUUACCUCCAUGGCUCCCUCCCGGCAUCCAUGGGCAACCUCUCUCAUCUCACACGCUUCACCCUCACAGAUAUCAACCUUAAUGGCUCCUUGCCAGCUGCUCUCUUCACCAUUCCCACUCUCAAGCACCUGUGA